AUGCCAAACGAAGAGACUAAGAAGUGGGCACUAAAUCGUAAUCCUUGGGUCAUCAAGGACAGGCUGUUCACCCUAAGCUCCUGGACGCUUUCGAUUACAAAAACUACCUUCGAUGAGAUGGCCAUUGCCCCAUUCCGUGUUCAGCUAUGGGAAGUGAACGAUGACUCUUGCACCAAGAUCUUUCGAUGGAAAAUUAUGGCCUCGGCUAUUGGUCAAGUCUUGGAGUCUGGCGUCUUUGCUUGUAAAGAUACUGGAGAGCGUUUUAUUAAAGUGCGUACGAUCAUUAACUUUGCCAAACCUCUCCACUCCCAACUUAUGGCGGUCAGUGAGGAGGUUGAUAGCUUUUGGGUGAGCCUUAAGUAUGAAUUCCUGCCGAGUUUUUGCUACCAUUGCUGA